GAGGGGCGGUUGGUAGCGCAUCUCCUAAUGAAUUUCUGCAGUCUGCGGAUAACCUUCCUGCCAUGAGUUUGACGCCACCAAACUUUGACGAUUUGGACGAGGCCGCGCGCUUACGACUGGCUGCUUGCUACGUUGAACGGGACUGGACCUCCAAGUUGUUCCCAUGCGCCUGCGCUAUAAAUAAAUUAGCACAUAUAUGAUUCUACAAACAAUGCCAACUUGUAAACACCGUAAAAUGGUCGGCAGCAAAAAAGAAAAGAAUGAAAGAAAAGAGGGAACAAAACACGCGAUGCUUCCUCCACAAAUAAAAAAGACGUGAGCCGCAGGUUAGUAAUUCACCUUUAUCACAUAAAGGUACGCUAACCGAUCAAAUUAGCCACCUGAACUGAUAAAUUAGUAGUACUAUGCUUGUGCCUGCAACUGGCCAGGCCUAUUCAUUGGACCUGAACCCAAGAACUUUAGAGCAAAGUGGCAGAGCAGAUAGGAAGCAAAGGGAAAAGGCAACGGAGACAGCAAAGGUAUCUGAGAAGCGAUGCGAAAGUCUACGCAGCCUGUGCUAAUAAAGAAGUGAAAGGGUGUUCGUUGGUCAGAGCUCAGAGGGCUGGUAAUAAGCGGCCGACGUCCGGGAACACGUGUGCUAAUGUCACUCACCACGCGGCAACGAGCAACGACUCCGUCCUCCCUCCUCCUGCUUCGGCUCCCCUCCUCGCCAGCUCUCUUUCAGACACGACUCACGCUCGGCGCCGCCUUCCUUUGUCCUUCGCCGUCCAGAGACUACUUACGUAGCAGGCAACAAGAAGGACCCAACCACUUCCUGCCUGCUUGCGGCUGCUUCUGGAUUCCCCUGCAGUCUCGGACCCCGGGCCAGCGACCUCCUCCGCGCCGCCGAUCAAGUCCCGGCCUUUUCUUCUUCCGCCAGGUCAAUCAGCCCAACUAGGAGACAUCGAUCUGUGUCAGGGAGAAUGGCUGGGGGUGGCACAGGCAUCAGAAAGUACGUUGGGGCUCUCAAGGACACCACAACAGUUAGCAUAGCAAAAGUAAACAGCGAUUAUAAGGAGCUGGAUAUUGCUAUUGUGAAGGCCACAAACCAUGUUGAGCGUCCAGCAAAGGAGAAGUACAUAAGAGAUCUUUUUUACCAUCUUUCUCCUGGAAGACCUCGUGCAGAUGUAGCCUACUGCAUCCGUGCCCUUGGUAGACGUCUUUCAAAGACCCGCAACUGGGCGGUUGCUCUGAAGACAUUAGUUGUCAUACACCGUGCUCUUCGAGAAGUUGAUCCUACUUUCCGUGAUGAAUUUAUCAGUUAUGGAAGAACUAGCUCCCAUAUGCUCCAUCUGUCCUACUUUAAGGACGAUUCUAGUGCAGAAGCCUGGGAUUACUCAGCAUGGGUGCGCAAUUAUGCUUUAUAUUUGGAGGAGAGAAUCGAAUCAUUCCGUGUACUGAACUAUGACGUUGAGAAGGAUCCAUUGAGAACACGGGAUCUUGAUACAAUUGGAUUGCUCGAACAAUUACCAGCAUUACAGCAGCUUCUUUUUCGACUACUCGAUUGCCAGCCACAAGGGUCAUCAUCUUAUAAUAUCAUAAUCCAGCAUGCACUAUCAAUGGUUGCUCUAGAGAGUGUUAGGAUCCAAACAGCCAUCAAUGAUGCAAUACUCAAUCUUGUUGACAAGUUCUUUGAGAUGCAAAGAGAUGACGCUAUAACGGCACUUGACAUGUAUAAAAGAGCAAUUAGCCAGGCAGAACAACUUUCAGAAUUUUAUGAAGUGUGUAAAAGUAUACAUAUUGGGCGUGGUGAGAGAUUCCUUAAAAUUGAACAGCCACCUGCAUCGUUCUUGGCAACUAUGGAGGAGUAUGUGAGCAAUGCUCCCCUUGCUUCUACGAUUCACAGAAAUCAGGCUGUACUAGCUAUAGAAUACAACACAAAAUCAGAAGCUGAAGAACCAUCAACGCCGCCACCUCCAGCUCCAGUACCUGAACCUGAGCCAGUUAAAGAAGUCACUCCCGCAGCUGAACCAACAGAUCUGCUGGGAAUGAAUGAAUCAACCCCUGACACAUCUGAAAUAGACCAAAAGAAUGCUUCGGCAUUGGCAAUUGUUCAACAAGCAGAUAAUGCGCCUAAAGCACCUGCUCCUACCAGUACUGAAAGCGUGGCCACCAGCUGGGAGCUGGCGCUAUUCACCGCACCCAGUUCAAAUGAAAAUGCUGUUACUUCAAGCAAAUUGGCUGGUGGACUGGACCUGCUUACACUUGACAGUCUAUACAAUGAGGCGCACCGUCAAGCACAGCACGCACAGCAGAAUGCGAGCCAGAACCCUUGGGAGACCGUUCCAGCAUCGGGUCCAAUGAUGCAGCAGCCGAUGUACGACCCGUUCUACGCCUCCAAUUCCAUUGCCGCAGCCCGCAACGUGCAGAUGGUGGCGAUGGCGCAGCAACAGCAUGCCUUCAUGCUCCAGCAGGAGCAGCAGCGGCAGAUGAUGAUGAUGAUGGCACAGCAGCAGCAAGCCUCUUCCAAUCCGUUCGUCGACCCGUAUAUGCACGCUGGCGCAGGAAUGCAGCUCCAUGCCAGUAACGCGUACACUGGAACUGGUAUGAUGUAGGGCGCCACAGAAUCUGCUGCUCUGUUUUCUGGCACCUUUGGUUCCUUUUUUGUUCUCAUUUUGCCAUUGUAAGAAUGUCAAUAUGAGCACAGCCGUUGAAGUUCUUUUUUCUUCUUUCUGGCUGUUCAUGAGCAAGAAGGGUUGAUGCGCACCUGUGAACUGAAGGACUAGUAUCCUUGCAAAAUUCAGUACGAGAAACACUGCCAUUUUCUGAUGUGGUCA